CUCCUCCCGCCCUCCCCCCUCUUCCGCCCACGCCACUCUGGAGCCCGAUGACGUCGCUCGACUUCUCGGCGCUGCUGCGCGAGGAGCGCGCCAGGAGGCGCGAGCAGGCGCGCGCCGAGGCGGCCGCCGCCGAGGCGCGGGAGGGCGCGGAGUGGGCCCCGCUGGCCGAGCGCGUGCCACUGGAGCUCGAGGGCCACCGGGUGGGUGCGGAGUUGGGGCUGGAGAGUUGCUUCUACGUGCCGGACUUUCUCUCCGAGGAGGAGGCGUCGGCGCUGGAGGCGCGGGCGCUGCGCCCGGGGGCCGAGCACGCGGCCGGCCACCGCCCGGGCGCAGGCUGGACCUCGUUGCCCGGCAGGCGGCUUCUCUGUUUGGGCGGCGUGCCGAGCAGCGCGGGGAUGUUCGCGGAGCCUCUGCCGCCGUUCGCCGCCGAGCUCGUCCAGGCCCUCGCGCAGGCGGAGGUGUUUGGCGCUGGGGCGGUGCCCGAUCAGCUGCUCGUCAACGAGUACGCCCCUGGUCAGGGCAUCGACCCACACCAGGACGGGCCACUGUACGAGCCCAUGGCGGCGAUAGUGUCGCUCGGGGGCCCUGCGCUCUUGGAUUUCUUCGCGCGCGACAACCUGGCCGACGACGCACCGUGCGACACGGCGGCGCUGACGGUGAGCGGCGGGAUCCGUGUGCGGCGGGUCGCU